UGUUUGCUGUUCGAGUCCAGGUUGUCAGUGUAUGGGGGUAAUAUGGCUGCCAUUGCCACACCACAGUCGGCCGGAACGGCAUAACUUGCUGGCGAAGUAAGUCUCAAGCAUAAGCUUGCAAGAAAGACGCAGUGGAACCGGAAAGCACCUCGGACCAGGUGGAAGAAAGCCCAUUUAAUCCACUUGGGGAUUGACGACGACAACGCAUGUAAUUCCAAAAAUGGCCGGGUCAUCAGGUGGCGAACGGCGGACCUUUGACUUUUCCGAGUCCGAAUACGAAGACGACUCGGAAGAAAAUGUUUUAGAGAGUGUGGAGAAAGUGCGCCCAGAAAAGCAAGCUCUUCCUCAUUCAGAGGAAAUUCAUCACAACGUUGAGCGAGCAAGCUCGGCGAAAGAACUACCUGAGGAUCCAGUGGAAGAUGUCUACUCGAUAGAGUAUGUGAUUGAAGAUCAUGGUGAGGCUGACAAAGGGCAGGACGCUGAUUUACCAACUACCGGUAAGCCCAAAAAGUCUCGUAUGGUGUGCAAGGAGUGUGGGACGUCUUUCCCCCGUCGAGAGAUGUUCUACCUUCACCGCCACUAUCACGCACACAAGGAUGAACUCGUUCCCCUCACCUGUAAAGAAUGUGGCCUUGCCUUUAAGGACCGCCGCAGCCUCAUUAAACACAAACAUGUGCAUAAAGAGGAGCCAAAGUAUGAGGAGGAAGCUGCUUUUCAGUGUGCUGCGUGUGAGAGGUUUUUCCCUACGGCACAAAAACUUAGGCUCCACCAAUGUGACGAUACAGAUGACAAGCCUUAUCAUUGUACACUGUGCCGCAAAGAGUUCCUAGUAAAAUGCGCCGUCGCCAAGCACAUGCUAAACCACUCGCAAGAGGUCAGCUGGUCGUGCAAGGAGUGCGGUCGAAGCUUUCCGGACUACAGGACAUUGCGCUGCCACCAGCGAUGUCACCCUGUCCUUAAACCCUACGAAUGUCCGGAGUGCGGCAUGGCUUUCACACACAGCUCAGUCAUGGAAGCCCACCGACGCAAGCACACCGAGCGACUGCGCUCUUUCCUGUGUCCUGUUUGCGGUAAGACCUUCAAGUACGGGAACCUCUUUCAAGAGCGUCAGAAUGUGCGCUUCAGCAAGAAACCCUUCCGCUGUCCUGAAUGUGACAUGCAGCUCACCAGCCAACCUGAGAGCCCGCAUGAAUUGUCAUGAGGUGGCGUAUGAGCUGCAGGACAGAAGAUUCAAGCCACACCCGGAGAUUAAAAAGAUUUUGGAGCAAUUUGGUCCAAGAAAGCUCUUUGAACAAGGAUGACAACAAUACAGAGCACAAAAGAGAUGUCGGGGGUCCUGACUGUGAAAAUGAAGGCAACAGCAUGGAAGACAAAGUAGGCCUAGGAUUAGGUCUGGGCAUCAGAGCACCUCCAACAUCACAACGAGGGCUGGCUCCCACCCCCGCUGUGCAGCUCCCCUUUUCUCAACGGUAGCCCAGAGCCCAGCGGUCCUCAGCCGUCGCUCGGAGCACAACAUGGUCUUCUCGAAGCCCCGCCACGCGGCUCCUGGCUUGAAGAUGCCCUGUGAGGGUUCGGAGAGACAGAGAUUGAGUUCGGGAGUCGGGUGGACCGGUGUCUGCGGGCAGUCGUUGACCGCAUCAGACAGGACAUGAGAACACUAUUGUCGGCGUCGGUGCUCACGCUUCCGGCACUCCCAACGUGCAAUUUGCAGACAUUGCACUUAAAAUGGGGCGGAUCAUGAAACGUCACAUACACGAUCAUGAACGCAUAGUACAUAAAUGACUAUUCAGUAGUUCCAUUAUCAAAAUUUCACAUGAGGCACAUCAAUAGUAUUAGGUAGUACACUAGCCUAAAUAACACGCAAGUACAAACUGACGUGUCAUCACACAUGGGCUAACAAACAUGCUCUCCAGCACAUUACACAAACGGCAUAAGUCAUUAAACUCAAAUUGUGGCGUUUACACACAAUAAUAAAUGUUGGGGAACACAGGCAAAUUGUAACAGCAAGUAGAUUACACGGGUUUAGUAGCGUUAUUGGGAGAGAACCAAAAACAAACUUUCAUUAUUAGUUUCAAUUUGCGCAAGGUGCAUUCAAGGACCCCAAUAAAGCAGGACCUCUCAAACAACAUAGUUAAUACUGACAAGAUUCCACAACAUGGCAUCAAAGUAAUACUUUCAUCUCUUUGCCUCACACAAAAACAGCGAAUGGGUGAGUGUUCAUCGGAUAGGUUAAGUUGCCAAUGCCGAACCACCAAUACGCGGGGCUUCACUGUACUACAGCACGUAGUACAACAACAAACUACAGUAGAUCAGUUACAACUCAAUGCAUUCAAACACCCCCCUCAGCUGGAGCCAUGGUUGCUACCUGAGUUUGUAGGUUGUCUAAAAUUGCAUCUUUUGUCAAGGCUAUCUUUUGUAGAUAGGAAAUGUAUUAAAGUGUACAUAAAUGUAGA